CUCAUCAUAGCUGAAAAUUCAGGAACAUGUGCAAAGAAACCACCCAAAUGGGCAAGAAAUUUGAAUAUUCCCUCUCCUGGCUUUUUUCUUUAAAAUGAGAAGACUGCAGGUGGACUGCCAGCUGCCGAUCUCGCUGUUGAGAGUAAAAGCAGAUAUGUUCCUUGCUCACUGCCAUUAACACUGACCAUGACCCUUCACACCAAAACCUCUGGAGUUACCCUGCUGCACCAGAUUCAAGGCACUGAACUGGAGACACUGGGCAGACCUCAGCUGAAGAUUCCCCUGGAAAGAUCGCUCAGCGAAAUGUAUGUGGAGACCAGCAAGACAGGAGUUUUUAACUACCCAGAAGGUGCCACUUAUGAUUUCGGUACUACAGCUCCCGUGUACAGCUCUACGACUCUCAGCUAUGCCCCAACUUCUGAAUCUUUUGGGUCCAGCAGUCUGACAGGAUUUCACUCACUGAACAGUGUUCAACCAAGUCCAGUGGUGUUCUUGCAAACGGCGCCCCAGCUCUCACCCUUCAUCCAUCAUCACAGCCAACAGGUACCCUAUUACCUUGAAAAUGAACAGGGCAGCUUUGGGAUGAGGGAAGCUGCUGCUCCAGCCUUCUACAGGCCAACCUCUGAUAACAGGCGCCACAACAUGCGGGAGAGGGUGCCCGCUACCAACGAGAAAGGGAGCCUGUCCAUGGAAUCCACCAAGGAGACCCGGUACUGUGCUGUCUGCAACGACUAUGCUUCAGGCUACCAUUAUGGGGUCUGGUCUUGUGAGGGCUGCAAAGCUUUUUUCAAAAGGAGUAUUCAAGGGCACAAUGACUAUAUGUGUCCUGCUACUAACCAGUGCACCAUUGACAAGAACAGAAGAAAGAGUUGCCAGGCUUGCCGACUAAGAAAAUGCUAUGAAGUGGGAAUGAUGAAAGGUGGAAUCCGGAAAGACCGCAGAGGUGGGCGAAUGAUGAAACAAAAACGUCAAAAAGAGGAGCCGGAUUCCAAGAAUGGAGAGGCUUCUACAGAACUGCGAGCUCCCACAGUUUGGACAAGUCCACUGGUGGUUAAACAUAACAAGAAGAACAGUCCAGCUCUGUCUCUGACGGCAGAACAGAUGGUCCGUGCCUUGCUGGAAGCUGAGCCACCCAUAGUUUAUUCUGAAUAUGACCCAAAUAGACCAUUCAACGAAGCUUCUAUGAUGACCCUGUUGACCAGCCUUGCAGACAGAGAAUUAGUGCAUAUGAUCAACUGGGCAAAGAGAGUUCCAGGAUUUGUGGAUUUAACACUCCAUGAUCAGGUCCAUCUACUGGAAUGUGCCUGGCUAGAGAUACUGAUGAUUGGCUUAGUCUGGCGCUCCAUGGAACAUCCAGGAAAGCUUUUAUUUGCACCUAACCUAUUACUGGACAGGAAUCAAGGGAAAUGUGUAGAGGGCAUGGUGGAAAUCUUUGACAUGCUGCUGGCUACUGCUGCUCGGUUUCGUAUGAUGAACCUUCAAGGGGAGGAAUUUGUGUGCCUUAAGUCCAUCAUCCUGCUCAAUUCUGGUGUGUACACUUUUCUUUCCAGCACCUUGAAAUCUCUGGAAGAGAAAGACUACAUUCACCGUGUCCUGGACAAAAUUACAGACACUCUGAUACAUUUAAUGGCUAAGUCGGGUCUUUCUCUGCAGCAACAACACAGACGACUAGCUCAGCUCCUCCUCAUCCUCUCUCACAUCAGACACAUGAGCAACAAAGGAAUGGAGCACCUGUAUAACAUGAAAUGUAAAAAUGUAGUUCCACUCUACGAUCUCUUGCUGGAGAUGCUGGACGCUCAUCGACUGCAUGCCCCAGCAGCCAGGAGUGCUGCACCGAUGGAAGAGGAGAACCGGAGCCAGCUGACAACUGCUUCAGCUUCAUCUCAUUCCGUGCAGCCUUUUUAUAUAGGCAAAGAAGAGGAAAAAGUGGGUGAAGAGUACAAUAUAAGCAAAAGUCAGCAAAUGUGAUUGUAUGAGAUACCCAACAGUGUGCUACCUAGCUCUUGCUUCGUCUAUAGUGCCACCAGUGUAAACACUCCAGUGACAACAGUCAUCUGCAUUUUCCAUUUGAGUGUUUGUCAAGCACUUGCCUAAAUUGAUUGCUUAUCCUAAAUGGAAGACAUUUCAUUGCUAUGGACAGCCAGCAAGGAUUGUUAAGCUAACUUGAUUUAAAAUUUGCAUCAGUUUUAUUUAAUUUUGCAUGGAAGUUGGUAAGUCCUAAUCUAAACUGAACAUUCAUUUGACUAUAAAUUAGCAGGCCAUACCAUCCAUGCAUAUUGGUAUCUUCAUGAGAGGUAGCCUUUGUUAGUAUCCAACCCUACUUCUGAGCUUGCUUAAUCCUUUACUUGCUUGAAGCUUUGAACCAGUUUAGUAGUGAUUUUGGUUGACUUUUUUUGGGAGGGGUGGUGGAGGGUGUAAAUGAAAAGUUGAUUGUCAUCUUAGGGUGCCAUAGUGCAUCUACACUGCUAGUGACUGCUUUGGCAGCUUAGGUAGAUUCCUGCGUCUCUUCUUUGUAGAGUAGAAAGGAACCCCUGUUUGAGAAUAAAGCUGUUUUACAUUGCUGGCUUACAUCAGUAGACAAAGCCCUCUCAAGAUUACACUGACCAAACUUUUAGGUUCCCUUACCAUAUCCUCUAGCCAAAUUGCACUGCAUGCAUCCUAUCUUGUCUGAUCCUGCAAAGCUAAACUGCCCUGUUGCUUGGCAGUGUGUCAGUCAAGGUGAAAACAACAGCGAUAACAUAGGUAAUUGUGCUUAAAUCAGACAAGAUGAUUACAGAAAUCAUCAGGUUUUAAAAAACCAAAUUGUCUUCAUGCACAUAUGUGAUCCAGCACUAUUUUAUGAAACCUCCCCCUGUCUUUUGCUUUACUGUUCUACAAACCAAGGGGUGAGCACACCAGUGCAAAACUGGCACAGGCAGGUGGGAUGGUUCCAUCCAGAAAAGUAUGGCCUAGCCAUGUACAGGAGGACUGGCAUCACAGCCAGAGCAGCAGGCUCUGCAUUGCCUUAGCUUGCUUUGGUUCUUGUUGGGGUAUGCUCAGAAAUUACUGCUAGGAGCUAGCUCACCUGUGACACCAGAACUGGGCAAUCGGCCUCAGACAUGGUGAAGACUCUAGGACUGCAUGUCGAGGAAGGUAGACCUAGCUUUCUCCAUGCAAGUGUGUAAGUUUUUCAUAAGGAUUAGUCAGAUUCUUCAGACCAACUGUAAAUAUACAAAAGGUCCACUGACAUCAAGACUUCUAGUAAGACAUGAAAGGAGAGAGACUGAAGAAAUCUAUACUAUGUAGUAAAAAGUAGGAGUCGGCGCUGCUGUUUGACUGUCUCUGUGAUCAAAUUAAUCAUGUCAGGGAAUGUUGCUGGGUACUGGAAUUAUUACAUUUACCAGGGAUAUUUUGGUAGUCUAAUAAUAAAGAACUUUGCCUGUGCUAUCUGCACUUCUGGUUUACAGGUGCAGUUUGUGAGUUAACAUGGACCAGGGACUAUCCCAAUAGCUGGCUGGAAGCAACCACCCUGCCAAUAAGGAUGUUUCAUAGCACAUGCAUAGGUUGCUCUGCAGCAGCUGGCCACAGUGCUAGAGGAGGGUUCAGGGAGGCUUCUUCUACUGCUAUAGUUUAAACGCUUAUAUUAGAUUAUGUUGAUUGGAAUAUCCCGUAGUAACUAGAUACAGGAAACAGUGAACUAAUGCCAUGCAGGAGUGCCUAUGUCUAAUCAUGCUCCCUGUUACAGAAGCAGAGUCUGUGCAUAGUGAGAUUGAGUUACAUAGCAGUUGUAGUAAGGCACAGGACAAGUUUGUGCUCCAAGUCAAGGACUCUAUUCUUUACUGAGUGUACAUAAUGAUGUCUAUAACAACAGUUUCAUGUACAUAUCUGAGGAUACAUGCAGUUUAAAAGUCUAAAACUAGAUGUUACCUAUGUUUAAGAUUCCUUGAAAACUCCGCAAGCCUCAACAUGUGAAGCAGUCACUGUAAGUUAAUGGGCCUUUUACUGGUGCUUGUUAUAGUGUCAUUUUUUUCUGAAUCUGCUGAAGGAUUUGUCUUUUUUGUGUAUUCAGUAAGAGUGUGUGUCUGUGUGUGUGUGUGUGCGCUCAAAUUUGGUACCAACGGCUUUUGGAGGGCUCCUAAAUACCUUGAAAGAAAAUGCACAUUUUCUUUUGUUUAGUAGCUGUUUUUCAAAGGUGUUAGCAAGAUUGUGAAUGCCCUGAAACGAGUGCAGGCUAAGAUCAAUGGAGCACAGGAAUCCGUGUAGUUACAUUUAUAUGCUUACACCAUCAUAAUUCACACUCACUAACAACAGCACUAGAGCUGCUUUUUAAAUAAUGUGCAACUUGGUGGUCUCUAUGACAGAACGCACACAUCGAGCUCACAAGCUUAAGCUGAAAGGCAAACUGGUUUAAAUGAAUGCCUCCCUUCCCACAUCCCAGAACAGUUCAUUACAUUGAUUCAAGUGUAAACUGGACCUAGGGUAAAAAAAGUAGUUAAUGGAGAACAACUUAACACAGAGGGUCAGAUUCUGAUUGUACUUACAUAGGAGAAGUACCACCACACUACAUUUUUUUCCUGGUGAAGCUGGAUAAGCAUGAUUUGAAGUGGUAUGCAGCAGACAGAAGGGUAUCAUAGUGUGUCUUGGAACAUAAGGAAUAAUCAGUCAGCUUCCAGUCUUAGUUAUGAAUGCUUUCCUAGUCUCAGCCCUUGCAAGGAAGUAAUUCAGAUUCAACCAGUCCUCCCAUUUUUGUGGGGACAACAGUGAAGGGCACCCUGGAAAGAAAAACAGUGAUUUCCCAGUAACAGAUUCAUUUACCUCGGGACUCGUUUAGGAGCUGUGUCUUUAACUUGUUCAUAAGAUUUUAAUUGAAUCAGCACCUUAAUGAAUAUAGUAACCUUCCCAUAGUUACCUGUAAAGAUGAUUGUCCACAUAUCAGACAGCUGAAUGUAGCUAUUCAACCAAUUAAACAAAGUCUAUGAUACAAAUAUGGCAAUUCUUUUCCUAUGUAAUUCUGAAUUAUGCUCUCGUAUAUGCAAACGAUUGUGCCUGACAUUGGUAAUAAUUGUUAUUUCACAGGAUGAUAUUUUAUAUGUGUGCGUGUAUAUAUAUAUAUACAUAUAUACUUUAUAUUUGCAGCUGACAAACCAGUACUACCUGAAGACCUGGUGAUGGACAUUAAGUAAAAAUAUAUAAUAUGUUAAAAAAAAAGAAUAAGGAAAGAAAACUUUUCAAGGCAGCUAAUUAUGCUUUUACCAAAAUAUUCACAGUGAUGUAUCCAGAGAGCUAAUAAAAGAAUUAUUUUAUAAUUUUUAUACAUUAUUUUUUAAAAAAAGACCAAAAAAAUAACCCACAUCAAAAAAAAAAACAAAAAACACCCCCCCUCCCCCUGAAAAACAGGCAAUGUAUUACCAGCACAAGCCAAACAGAAGUAAGACCAGAUGAACUUGCUUUGCUUGAGAAUCCGGUUGUUACUGAAUUAUUACAAAAAAAGCUUGGGAGGCAGAAGAGGAAAUAGGGUGAUGUCUUAGUGGCGUUUGAGUUUCCAGCAAUAUGUGAAAGCUACUCUGGUUUGCAAUAGUUUGAGCCAUGUCUUGAUGUUGCAGGCUUUGUCUCAGGUAAAGCUGCCAGCUGGGGCAGCAGGAUUUGUACUGGGGUAAAAUAAUUUAAUGAGAGUUUCUUGGGGCAUGUUUGUGGUAAAUUUAUGUUUCAGUGACGUCUCUUGAUUUUUUUCUCCUUCUGGACACUGAGGGGUUUAAUAAUUUAAAAAUAUAGUUAAAGAAAUAAUCUGAACUGAGCUCCCAAGGAUAUUACAAGAAUUAUCAGUAGGUCACUGAACUUUAAAUUGAAAAA